ACAGGAAAAUCAUAACAUUACAGAUAUCUAAAAAAUUCCAUUUUGCGCCAAUUGCGCUUGACAAAGGGUCUUGUUGCUUAUGUGAAAGGAGCAAAGAAAAUCUAUCAUUGAAGCAUAUCCAAAAUGACCACAACGACACAGCUCGUGCAUUCGAAGCCGGAUCCGCUGAAUCGGGAGCCGUCGCCGAAGGAGCUCAUUGCGAAAUUCAUCACAGAAGGCACCGAGGAUGGCGCAUACGACAGGAAUCACGGCAACAUCCCCCAAAUCAACGGCGACACGCACACCGUCCGCGUCCAAGGCUCCGUUCGAACGCCCUUAUCCCUGAGCGUCGCCCAACUCAAGAACGACUUUUCCCAGCACGAACUUGUCUGCGCGCUGCAAUGCGCCGGAAACAGACGCCACACGAUGCGCACGCGGCUCAAGGAAGUCGACGGCAUCGACUGGUUUGACGGCGCGGUCAUGAACUGCCGCUGGAGAGGCCCGCUUCUAAAAGACGUGCUCGAAAAGGCUGGUGUCAAUGUACCCGACACUAACAAAGCUCACGUCGCAUUCGCAUGCUAUCAGACCGAGACCGAAAAGGACAGCUGGUACGGCGCGAGUGUAGAAUUAUGGAGAGCUUUGAAAGCUGAUGCGGAAAUUAUUCUCGCUUUGGAGAUGAACAACAAACCCCUCACCCCCAAACACGGGUACCCCGUGCGCGUCGUCGUUCCCGGCGUCGCCGGCGCCCGGUCCGUGAAAUGGCUCGACCGCAUCACCAUCCAAGACCACGAAUCCGACAACUUCUACCACCAAAUGGACUACAAGAUUCUCCCCGCGGACAUCACCACGCCCGAGGAGGCCCGCGCGCACUUGAAAUCCACUCCUGCGCUGCAAGACAUGCCUAUCAACUCUGUCGUCGCGGUUCCGUACAGCGGGGACACCGUAACGCUGUCGCGGCGCGGAGACAUUGAAGUCCGCGGCUACGCGCUGCCCGCAGGCACCCAGGGCCCCGUUGUGAAAGUCGAAGUCUCCGCCGACGGGGGCAAGUCCUGGACCGACGCGGAGAUUAUCAGAGAUCGGCAUCAGAGUAAAUGGUGCUGGGCGCUCUACAGGGCGAAAGUGAAGAUCGAAAGAGGCACGAAUAAGUUGAUUCUCAGCAGAGCGACGGAUGCAGGGGGGAAUGUGCAGGUCGAGAAACCAGAGUGGAAUAUUAGAGGGGUGGCGUAUAAUGGGUAUGGAGAGGCGAGGGAUGUGACUGUUGUUUGAGUUCUGUUCUUUUUUGUUUCUUCAAUUUUUCUCCUUUCUCUCCUUUUUCUCCCUUUUCUUUUUUCUCUUUCCUUUCUCUUUCAGAUUAUUUUUCUCAAAAGCUGUUCGCUUGUCUCUUGUGUGGGGCGUUCCUGGAUGCGGAAUGAAUAUGUCCAAACUGUUAGUUGCUGCGAAACAAAAAGCCUGUGAAACGAC